AUGUCGAGAGUCAGACGAAAGCCGCCGCCCUCAUUCCCUUAUUCUCCCAAAUACCCUCACCCAGAUCCUACCGAUCCAUAUGUACCUCUGAGGACGCUGCGCGAGCGCGCCUCACUCACCAAUACGUCGCAACAUACUUCCCACGACAGCCCUUACGCCCACCUCAGCCCGGAUCGCGAGGGGUUCUUCCUAACCGUCUCUCCUGAUGCUUUUGGACAGGGUCUCGAUAUAAAUUAUCCUCCAAGUUCUUCUGACAACCACAGCGUUCUGACUCCUCCGCGCAUAUAUCAAGAGCAUUUCGGCGGUUACCACUCAGACAGCCCCAUUGCUCGUGCUCCGCGCCCGUUGCGCUCCAGGAUCAAGCCAUCCCGAGAAUCGAGGUCGUACUUUUCCGAUCUUGACCUUUCUUCAGCGUCGCCUAUCCCUCGUCACCAUGACCAGCACCAGAAAGAGAAAACAGCUGAAUCGGACUACCAUUAUCGCAGGCGCUCUAGGUCCGUCUUCAUUCCACGCCCCCAAAGCCAGAGCCAGGAGCAAGGUGAUCCACCCACGGCAGAUGUAUCACCAUCGAAUGCGAGUGCAGAUGCGAUCGCAUCCCCCCAUUCUGAUGCAGCCGGUGGUAUCUUGGUGAGACAGUAUACGUACGAUGACCGCCAGUCUCACGGAUAUCUCUAUGUACCAGCUGGGAACGAGCUCGAUGUUGAGGAGUCUCCAGCACCCGAAGUGGACGCGCACGUACACUCGCAGCCCCAAUCGCAGCGUUCCGCAACGCCCUCAAUGACACCUGACGAUACUCUUAGUUUGAGCAGUACAAGUGGACGAGAUCGCUCUGUCUCGCUUUCUCCGCGCUCGCUCGUCCGCGACCUCCCACGUGCAGUCUCGAAGCCCGUCUUGCGAAUUGAGGAGCGGAAGAAAAUUCUAGAGCAAGAGCAGGACACACCUCUGAGCGCACACGGUCCAAUUCAGACAGCGGAUUUUUCUAUAUUGCGUUCUCCAACAGGGCCCUUGCCGUCAUCCGAAGUGGAUUCUAUUGUCUUCCCGCCCAGCGAGUCUCACACCGAGUCUACAUCUAUCCCUGAACCUCAGCAAGAACAGGACGGAGAGCAGGAAAAGCCCAAGCGCGGAAGAGCCAUGAGCGCAGGUAAUCGCGAGGAUACUCGAGAUGCAUCGCGCCAGUCGAGCUUCGAAGCUGGGCGACGGAGAACUUCCUCGAAUCCGGGUCGCCGCCAAGUUUCAAGGAAGCCAUCGGUUGAAAGCGAGUCGUCGCUGGCUAUCUCUGCUGCACUGGAAAGCGUGCAAGUGCCUGCGGACGAAGCACUCCUGGAGUCCCCAGAACCAGUGCCGGAAAAUAUCUUCACGUCGAAUGCAGGUCCUUCUUCGUUUCCUGCGUCUUUUGCACAUGACCAUAGACUCGCUGCUGCCCAUACGCUAACGAAAGAUUUUACUUUUGGUCGUGGCUCUCACCUCGGCGGAGGGGAGAGUGAGCCAAAUAUUGGCAGUAAAUCCACGCGGUUCAUCAUGCACAAGCCGAAGAAAAGCCUAAGCUACGUCAGCCUGGGGCUAUCAGCGCUGCCGAAUGUGAGCACCGGUCCAACUAUCGCACAUAGCGCAAAUACGAGUAUCGGGAGUGCCAUGACGGUAGGUGGUGGGUUUGGGAGUAUCGCUAGUUUGAGUAGGGAGGACCUCGACAAGCAGGCUCAGCAGUUCUUCUUAUUGCGCCCGCCCCCUAGCAUGGCGGCUCAGCCUGCCGAAUCCAAGGGGCUAGAGCGUCCGCCUAUUACCGAGCGGAGUGCUCGACGAGUCUCGUCGUUUAAUAUUCUCGAUGAAGACCAGCUGGCUGCACAACUCGAGCACGAAUUUUCAAGUCCUGCGGUACGGGGCCAGUCAACACCGGCGUUCACAUCCCUCUCAUUGCUUGAUCGACCACGAACGCCCCAGCCGCUCUCACCUAUAACGUCGCGAGGCCCUUCGCCUGUCGGAAACAAUCGAGAAUCGCGCUACCAGCCUGGGCCGCGUGAUCCUACGCCACCGCCUGUCCAGACGUUCGCGAGCCCAAUUCCUCGCAUACCAGCGCCGAUUCCACGGGUUCCAUCGCCUGACAAUCAUCGUCAGUCAUACGCUCAGUCUGCUCUUCCACCACCCGUAUCUGACUCUCCCCCCAAAUUCUAUAUCUCACCAAUACCGCCAUCAGAGGUGCUUGCUCCCGCUCCUCUUCCGCUUUCUCCCCCUCAGCCCUCAGAACCGCCGACGCCACUUCCACUUCCUACGCCACGCACCAAGUCGCCGGUUCCCCGCCCACCGUCUCGACCACGCGAAUCUCAGAACACUGUUCCAAACGUCAUACGCAGUGUUGCCGCACAUGAUGUCAUGCCAACUCGGUCACGAAGCCCGCCCCUCGAGAUCAAACAGAGGAAGCGGGAUACGAUUAGAGAGGAAGAAAGGCUGUCCGCUUAUCUGCCUGUAGCUCAGCUUCGGCCUCAAACGCAACUUCAAGUUCCACAGCCACAGCAAGGGCCGACGCUCGCAAGAAAGCGCAUUAGCACCGCGCAGAUCUCUGCGCCGCUCAGGCAGCCGACACCUCCUGCUCCGGUGCAGGUGUCAGAACCACAACCAGCUCCGACGCUUGCUCGCAAGCGAAUUAGUACCGCGCAGGUCUCUGCACCCGUCAGGCAGCCGACACCUCCUGCGCAGGCGCAACGUCAAAGUCGUGCGCGGUCAGCUACACCCCCACCCCAGCCUCCUUCACGCUCGCAAUCGCCAUCAGUAGAGACACCGUACCGAUCAGCGUCGGCAAUUGCCAUGCAGUCUCGUGCCCAAUCUCCCCCUCCUGUGCCCGAAUUUAGAGCACAAUCUCCUCCCGUGGUGUCCAAGUCUCGGUUCCGCUCUCCGCCGCCUCAUUUUGUGUCUCGCGCCCAAUCGCCUCCGCCUCGAGCACCAUCGCGGGCGCGAUCACCCACAUCGUCACAAGACCACGCCCUCCGGAGAAGACGCAGCCGUGAGCAGUCUAAUUCGCAACUCUCCAGAGCAGGAACGUCACAGAGCGCCGGGACGCAGUCGUCUGGCCCACAGAAUCGCCGUCAUGAUACCGCGCCGUCCACUCCGGUGCCUCGACAUACCACGCCAUCACCAACCAUGACCACACAUUCCCAACCAUCGCGGGCGGCCAGACGCUCACGCUCGCAAGCACAAGUACCGCAGAGGACGAGACGGCAUCCCCAGCAACGCGAGCACCAGGUGCACCAGUUACCCACGAGAAACAUGCGGUUUGAUGAGUAUGCCGCGCCGACACCGGAACAGCUCAGACUAGCGUCGUCCAUCUUUGUCGUCGCACAAAAUGGAUUACGUGUCCAGUUUGGCGAGUUGUUCAGGGAAAGGAAGACUAUUGUCUGUUUCAUACGGCAUUUCUGGUGUCCCAAUGACCAGGAUUACAUGUAUUCCAUUGCGAAGACAGUGAACCCUGAUGAUCUUAGACGUGCGGGGAUAGAUCUUGUGAUCAUAGGUGUUGGCUCUCCAGCUAUGAUCAAAUCGUACAGACAAAUCUUCCGGAUGCCCUUUGCGGUUUACACUGAUCCGGCUCUACGUGUGCACGCUGCGCUCGGGAUGACACGAAAAACCCAAGACCCUGGCUUGGAUUCGGAGCGUGGAGAGUAUGUGAGACAUGGUCCUCUGGGCGGCCUCGCGAUGGUCGUCAGGAACGCCAUCAGGGUGGGCAUGCCUGUAUGGGAGAAGGGGGGCGAUGUGACCCAGCUUGGUGGAGAGUUCGUCUUCGGACCUGGGCCGUCAUGUGGAUACGUACACCGGAUGAGCACGACGCGCUCACAUGAACCCAUCCAACGUAUUUUGACGAUGGCGGGCAUCCGUACGGUGCCGUUCGGGCCUAGCGGUGCGUCACGAUCCUUCGUGUCCCCGGACGACGAGGAGAGCUGGAUGGAAGAUAGGCGCCGAAGUUUUGCACGCAUGCAGUCAAGGCGAGAAAAGCGCAGAGAAGGGACGGGUGAACAAUGGAGAAGGGAAAAUUCAUUCGACAUGAACUAUGAAAGCGACCUUGGUAGCGGCAGUGUUGAAGGAGUUUGGGGCACGAACAUGACCAGAGAAGCAGGUGCGCGGUCAACGGAGGACGAUCGCGAGCUUUAUUCCAGCAGGAAGCGUGGUUUCCGUGUCGCAAACCCAGAUCAAUACACGCCAUCCACACCCAUCGAGGAGCACGAAGCAAAUGGGGAUCACGGCUGGGACGCGGACGUGUCUGACUUACCGUACCUAGAGGGCAUUGGACGAACGCGGGCCGAGUCGUACCAGUUGACGCAAGAGGUCCUUGCAUAUUCAUUUGGCAAAAGAUGA